CGUCUUCUACUGCACUAAAUAGUGUGUCACAAUAGCACACAGGCUGAGCUAGACUACUGUUUAGUGCGGGAGGAUGCGUUUAUGGACAGUGUGUCGACCGAAAACUGACCUCUGAGGCACAGAGCGAGUUCGCUAAACUUACCUCAGAAAUCAGACUUUUUUUUUUUUUUUUUUUUUAAAGCUUUAGCUUGAACUUUGUCAUCAAAAGAAGGCAUAACUGUCCCCCCCAAAAAAAAGAAGAAGAAGAAGAAGAAGAAGAAAAGAACAGAAAGCCACCCCCGCAUACUCCCGCACUAGAUAGUGUUUCAGAAUGGCACUCCAGCUUACCUAGGCUCCUACUGAGUGCGGGCGCGCGCUAGUUUGGGACGCACGCUGAAGCGUCUCAAGUGUCGGAGUCUCGGGCGCGCGCUGCUGUGAAUAAGCUAGCUUAGCUUUUCCACAAUGAAUUUAUGAAUUUUUCUGUUUAGAUCGUGAGGAGGAGAAACGGAGCGUCAAGGUUUGUAGGGUUCAAAACAGAACAAAACAAAACCCGCGACGCAAGACGAGACCUUUUAAAUCACCAUCUUCCCUCCGGGCUUCGGUGGGAAAUGAUGGCCGGCGGGGCGCUUCAGCAGACCGGGAUAACGGUGACGGUGCUGUCGGCUCAGGAGCAGCAGCAGCAGCAGGUCCCGCGGUCGCCCCCGUCGCCGCCUCCGCCGCCGCCUCCCUCGCACAUGGACUCCGAGGCGCUGGAUUCCCGAAAAAGACCGCUGGAGACUCCGACUGAGGCGGGAAGCACCAAGCGCACUAACACAGGGGAAGAGGGUGAGUACUUCUUGAAAGUGCUGAUCCCCAGCUAUGCGGCAGGUUCAAUUAUUGGUAAAGGAGGACAGACCAUCGUCCAGCUGCAGAAAGAGACUGGCGCCACCAUCAAACUGUCCAAAUCUAAAGACUUCUACCCAGGUACGACAGAGCGUGUGUGUUUAAUCCAGGGUACGGUGGAGGCGCUGAAUGGAGUCCAUAACUUCAUCGCUGAGAAAGUCCGUGAGAUGCCACAAAGCAGCCAGAAAAGUGAACCAGUCAGCAUCCUGCAGCCACAAACCACUGUUAACCCGGACCGAGUCAAACAGGCUAAACUGAUCGUGCCCAACAGCACAGCUGGUCUGAUCAUUGGUAAGGGUGGAGCAACGGUGAAGUCGGUGAUGGAGCAAUCAGGUGCAUGGGUGCAGCUCUCACAGAAGCCGGAGGGCAUCAACCUGCAGGAGAGAGUGGUGACAGUGAGUGGCGAGCCCGAGCAGAACCGCAAGGCUGUAGAGAUUAUUGUGCAGAAGAUCCAGGAGGACCCUCAGAGCAGUAGCUGUCUCAACAUCAGCUACUCCAAUGUCACAGGACCUGUGGCCAACUCCAACCCCACAGGCUCACCAUAUGCCAACAGUGCUGAGGUUUUGCCUAGUGCUGCUGCUGCUGCCGCUGCCACUGCGUCCACACUGCUUGGCCAGGCGGGCCUUGCCAGCUUCCCCUCUGCAAUGUCUGGCUUCUCCGGCAACGACCUGCUGGCCAUCACCUCUGCCCUGAACACACUCGCUAGUUAUGGCUACAACACCAACACUCUGGGGCUUGGCCUGAACCCCGCAGCCGCCUCUGGAGUGUUAGCCGCCGUUGCUGCUAGUGCUAACCCUGCAGCUGCUGCUGCAGCUAACCUCUUAGCAUCGUACGCCAGCGAGGCAUCCGGAGGAGCGGCUCACCCGGCUGCACCUGGGCUUGCUGGCUUCUCUCUGGGUUCUCUGGCAGCCGCCACGGGAGCUUCCAACGGCUACCUGAACCCAGCCUCCUCCCCGCUGGUGGCCUCCUCACUGCUGGGGACUGAGAAACUUGCCGAGGGUGGUAAGGAGGUCCUGGAGAUUGCUGUGCCUGAGAACCUGGUGGGCGCCAUUUUAGGGAAAGGGGGGAAGACGUUGGUGGAGUACCAGGAGCUGACAGGGGCACGCAUCCAGAUCUCGAAGAAGGGCGAGUUCAUCCCAGGCACACGCAACCGCAAAGUGACCAUCACAGGGUCGCCGGCAGCAACGCAGGCCGCGCAGUAUCUCAUCAGCCAGCGGAUCACGUAUGAGCAAGGCGUCCGUGCCACAAACCCUCAGAAAGUGGGCUAGAGAGGGAACUCAAGUGAUGGGGGGAGGGAGGGAGGGCAGCGAGGAAAGGGAUUCGAAAGAGGAACGAGCAAGAGAGCAGUCAAUGAAUGAGAUGAAUGAACAAAAGACAAAAAUGGAGGAAAGAGGUCGGUAAGGGGAACGGAAGAAAAAAGAGUGCGUGUCCAUGUUCACGUUUCAGAGGAAAAGAAACAAAACAAAAAAAUGUGACUGAUAUGAGGAAAGAAAGAUGUUCACCUGUGGACCUGGGGGCAGAGGUGUGUAAGAAUUUGGGACUGAAAUUCUGCUGUUCUUUUUUUUUUUUUAUUAUUUUUUAAACUUGAGCUAAGUGGUGUAGAUUAUGAGGGGCUCAGUACUGAACCCUGUGGCACUCUGGGAGGGAGGAGACUCAGGCCUCACCUCCUUUGUUUUUCUCACAGCCAGGGACCAGCUAGGUUCCAUUUUAUUUUUCUGUCAUUGGUGGAGCCUGUACAAGUUAGUCCAAAUUUAUGACAAAGACCUCCACAUAGGCAAUGGGUUUGGCAGCAGCCCCUCUUGGGGUCAAUUCAGUAUCAAAGGUUUGGCCCUUUACAGAUUUAUAUGUAUUUUAGGCCUGAAGCAGUCUUGUACGGUUUUCCAAAUUAACAUUAGCGAGGCAGAAAUUUUUUUUGUCUACCCUCGCUAGCCGUUUCAGAUCCAUGUUACUGGCUUUCUCCCAUUAAUCGGACAGCAGAUUACUCUCAGUCACAGUAGAUUUAGAUUUUACUUAAACCUGUGAUUUCAGGUUGACCUGAAUGUAUAAAGACUUCCUGGUCUUGCUUUUUUUAAAAAAUAUGUGUCAGGAAGUUCAAACUGAGUCUUUGUUUGGCAUCAGCAGCCGAAUCUGACUCAGCCGCAGAAAGGCAGGCAGACAAAAAAUGUCAAAGGUAAAAAGGUCCCUUUGAGAGGACAGGAAUGUAAACACACACACACAUACACCCACACACACACUGCAAGUGCAGUUUAGUCAAUUGAUCCCUCUUUGGUGCUAUAAGGAAAUCACUAAUGAGAAAACAUCAGAGAUUUAAAUUUCUUACUUAGCUAGAUUUUAGCACUUUGGGGUUGAAUUUGCCUUCCCCUAAUUAUUAAUUAAAAGCAAUUUUGUGAUUUGGUCAUAACAUCAUUACAAAUGAGACACAUUAGAGAAAACAAAAACACGCUUUUCAGCUGCUAACACUAUUGUUUGGGAUAACUGACUUCACCUGAAAUAAUUGAUGCAAGAACUUCAGAAUCUGCAUUUGAAACAUCUCAAAACUAAUCGUCCUACUGAUUAUAAGACUUGGGACAGAUAGUCACACUAACAUUACCAUUAAGAAAUAAGCACCUUGAGUGUUAUGCCAGACUCAAAUAUCCACUAUAUUACUCCAGUAAACACUGGUGAUUUUUAAAACGUGUGGGUUUUUUUUUUUGUAUGAAUAGAGCUCAAGCUGAUAUACCUCAUGUUUGGAAAGAAUGGGAAAAGAAACGAAGAUUUCCAGUUUGUAUGCAGUGCAACAAAGUCCUCGAUUGAGUUCCACUUGGCACCUAGUUCACUACUGCGCAAACUAGCCUCGAUGUCAGGCUGCCGGAGGUCUGGCAGCGGAAGGAAGGGAGCGCAUACAAUGCAACGCAGCCUUUGUAAAAAUAUUAAUAGUAAGCUGUUUUCCACUCUGAUGCUGGUGUGAGUUAUCUGGCGUGAAGGAAUCCCAUGUCUUAGUGAGACACAAACAUACCAAGAGCGCUCGUCUCAGAGAAACUGCACAUCUUCUAGCAUUAAGGCUGAGGCUCAAUGCCUUUCCUGUGCAGUUCUCUGUUUCUUUUUCUUUUUUUUUUUUCUUUUUUUUGGGUGCUUUGCCCGAGCGUAACAACCCUGUAUCCAUUGUGUUGUGGGAUGCGUUCUUUGGAAAACAGCAUGGCAGAGUAAUAAAUAGCAUGUUUUUUUUUUUUAAGGCCAUACACUUAGCAUCGUCGCCUCUGCUGCUAACUGCAUUUUUAAAUCCAGCAAGGGAGAUAUGAGGUACAGAACUUGUAAAGAUAAACAAGAAGGUGAUCUCUUUUAAACCACACUGUGAAUCAAGCAGCCGACACCAUCCUAAACUCUGGAAUGUACUGUACACAUUGCAGCGUCCACUAACGCACAGCACAGCGGGGCUGGAUGCUGUGGACCCAUCGGUUCUGCCAGUCGAGAGAUACUCUGGGUCAGCUCUAACGGCUCGGAAUUCACACCAGCCAUUAAUUAGCAGAUCUCUGUUUGAACCACGGCCGUCUAUAUAUAACCACGUGGCAAUGCCCGAUCUUCUACUGACCUAAAUACACACUCGCAAAGACAUUCAUCAACUGCCUCCAAUUCCCAGACCGUAAUCUGCUUUGGAACCAGGGGGAACAGAAACCAAGAGUUAGAGGAAGGGGAGAGAGCAAGAACGAGAGACACGGCGAUCCAUUUAUAUGCAUCGAAUUAUUGCAACAAAGAUUGCCUUAAGAAAUCUGUUACGUGCACUGCUUUUGGCAGGAAGUUUAUCAACAGAACAUUUUACGAAAUUCAUCCAUCUCAAGAAUUGUCACUGCUGAGGAGCAAUUACUGCACGCUGUCGGUUUCGGGCUAAAUAAUUUAUUUUUGAGAUUUGAGAUGAAAGUGCAUAUGCAAUUUCAGAAGCACAAGCCCAGCACAACCGCAUGCAACAUCUCUGUGCAUUUUGUUGUGGAAAUUUAAUAUGGUGAAAAUGAAAAGACUUCAAAUGAAAUUGCAACUUCAUUAGCCAUGGACUCUCCUUCUCUGUUUUUCGCUCUGACACUGCAUAUCUCCCCGGUCUCUAGUCUCUCUUUCCUUCUCUUUUCAGGCUUUUAAAAAAUUUUAAAUGUGUUCCUUAUUUAUUUCCUACUAAUACUCUCUCUCUUUUGCUUUAUUUCUUUUUUUUCUUUCAUCAGUUGUAUGGUUUCUUUUUUGGAUGUGGUAACUGCGGUGGUCCCCCAGCUCAGUUCGUCUAUCCUGCUCUCAGUCUCGAGAAGCUCGGCCAGCAGCAUAGAUUUUGUACACUUUUCCGGCCACAACCUUCAGAAGGUUGGCAUCUGAUUGGCACUCAGCACUUCCGAGCACUGUUUUUCACCUGGAAAACAAACUUUUGAAUAGAGACACAGUGAGUUUCAGAGUAAAAUGAGUCAGAUUGCUUCUUGGGCACAUUUAUUGAAAUGGACCAGACCCUUUAACAAAGCUAGUGUUCCAUCCUGACGUCCUUGGUACUGCUCCAUUGGCAAAAAAUUGCCCAUGUGGCUAGCUAUGUUUCUUAAAUGAAGGUCACUUGGCUAUUGUACUCAUGUGCCAGAUUGAAACAGACUGAAAAAUCACUUUAAAAAAUUGGUAACUACCUCAAUACUGUAACUUGAACAGGGUCCUCAAGGGACCUUUUGCAAGGAUGAUGUCAGAACGGAUGAGCUCCACAGGGGGAUCACCUUAGCACCACAUUAUCUCCUAGCUUCCUGCGUUCUUGCUCUCCUCUCUGGUUAAUGGUGGCAGUUGAUGAGUGUGUUAGAGUACAUUCCUUGGCUUGAAGUAUGUGCAGGCAUUCCUGCCCCCUCUCCUCUUUCCUCUAUGGGGCAGUGGAUGACUACACCAUGAGCACCAUGCUGUUAGACUGCACUGCUGCUCCACAAUUUCGUCUUCUCUCUGUGAACUCUGACCUGGAAACAGUUCUGUACCUCGACUCAAAUCCAUUUUCACACCUGACCUAAGAUCAGUUUGCCCUAACCGUUAUGAGAGUGUAAAUAGACUUGCUCCAACACCCUCAAACACAGGGAAUUGGUGCUUAAAAGGAGGGCUGGAUGCCUGAAAGAUCCAGAGCAAAGAACUCUGGGAAAGGGGGAUGAUACCCACCUCAAGCUCGAACGAUGACCGUCGUUCGUAUCCUGUGCUCUCUAUCCUCUCUCUCUCAGAGAACGGUCUGAGGUCAUUCUUUUCCUCUCCCUUUUCCCCCUUUUUUAAAAUGAAACUGUGGAUUCCGUCCUGUCCCAUGGUCUUCGUGGAACUUUUAGUGUCGUUCUCUAGUUUGUAGUCUAAAUGCAGUUGUCUUGCGCCGUGGGUUUCAGUGUGUGAACUCCGUUAUACUUGUGUGUAUGACGACAGUGCCAAUCGAGCCAGAUUAAGAUUAGCUUUGCCAUUUGUUUGUGCAUUAGAAUUCGCUCUAAUUGGAGUGCUGGUGUCCAUAUCGACGUCCCUGAUGAUUUUUUUCGAACUACAUAAAUAAAAAUGUAAAGAAAUAUUGGAAGCAAUAUUGUAGCAUGUCGUCCAGUUUUUGUGUUUUUGUUAUGUCUGUUGUAUGAACCUUUGGAUUUAAUACACUUUUGAAUGAAUAGGUUUACAUGUACUUUUUUGUAAUACUGUAAAGAAAGUAAAGAAAAAAAAAUCGAAAAAAUGCUGCUAUUUGAUAAAUAUACGAGAAAUAUUUUAGUUGAAAAGAUGUCUGAUCCGUUUAUUAGAGUUACGCUCGUUUUUGGCAGGAGCACAAACGAGGUGUGUCGAUACAAAUAACAUAGCCGUGAAAUAAAACCUGUGACCCACGCAGCUUCUUAACAUGUAGACGUGCGAUCAAGCAUUUUAGAUAUCGCUAACUAUUUAGACGCAUCGAUCAAGUGCCAAUCAAUCGAUACCUUUUAGUUUGAAUGAAAAGAUAAUCAAAAGAGCAAAACUUUGAGAAAAAAAAACAUGAACAAAGAGCAAUGUCAGUGUUGUUUUUAACUCCAUAGUUGCAUAGAGAAUAAUAAUGAUAGUUCUUUUAUGCAUAAACAUGGUUUUUAUACACUCGGUCGAGAAAGCAUCCUGUGCGUUCGUUUGACUUGUGGCUUCCACGCAGCUCUUCCUUCAUAUUCUCUCUGUAGGUCGGCAUGGAGUAGGCAUAAACAUGUUAUAAUCAUGUCGUAAACGCGUUAUUAAGCACCCAUAACAUGUCCCAUUUAUGAAAGUGUGUUUUGUGGAGUUAGGUGUUUAUCUUUUUUGCACGUCUCUAUUGCAUGAUAUCCAAGUGAAUUAUCAGGGGGGCGGGGAAUCAAAACUAACAGAAAAAAAUAAAUAAAUACGUUUCGUUGAGUGUCUAGAGUCAUUCUGAGGCACAGUUUUGCAUGUGGCGCAGAUCGAACACGUUUUCUGUUAACAGCUUCAAUUUUUAUUCCUUUUGCCUUUUUUUUUGGAAAGAUAUCGGAAGAGCUCUUAUGGUUUAUAGACUGGUACGGUAACCAUGGGAACUGGCCCUGCACUGUAAAAAAUUAAAUGUUGGAUCAACAAGAAGAUCUUGCAGCUAAAGGGUAUAAAGCAGUUCAAUAAAGAUUAAUGAAGCUGUUUCUGGUCGAAAGUAACUCGUUAGGCAGUGGUGGCUCAGCUUAACAGCGAAGAAGGGUGCCUGUGUAGGCAGCAUUUUUGGGGCGUGUUUAUGCUCCUGGGGUAAAACGUGGUACCACUUGUAAGGCAGGAUAAAGACCUCUCUGUGAAUGCAUUAAAGUUUGAAAAGGACUGUUAAAGCGAGUCAGGAAAGUGCUGUUUGUUUGUGGUUAAAAUGCUGCCCAGUGAGACCAAGUACAGAAAAACAUAGUCAUCUUUAAAAAUACAACCUUGUGAUAAAAUCGUAAACAUAUUUUACCGCAAUAUAAAAAUGUAAUAGUUUAUCAGCACUGUUCUUGGAUUGUAUUCAACCUCAUUUGGACGUAAGCUUAUGCUGAAUGAACAUCUUAAUCCUUACGCUAUGUUCACACUAACAGGUUACAAAGCGAUGGAUGAUCGUUCGUUUUUUAUCUACGUGAGUGACAUGGAGCUGUGAUUUCAGCGACAGUGCCAAAAACAUUUGGACUGAGAUUUUCUCAAUUCUAUGCAAAUUAGGUAUGACUCUGUAAUAUAACAAAUCCAAACGAAUGGCUCAAAUGAUUCCUUUGACCAAUACUAUUGUGUAUAUGGUCUGACAUUUCUUCAGUUCCCCACUCACAACAUUAUACCUGUAAUUAGUUCCCAUUUACUGUUUGAUGAACAAAAAUGGAAGAAAAGCCUGUGUGCUUUCAUCUUAUCCAGUCAUAUCAGACCUUUCAUUAAACGUGUAUGAAGAAGAAUUAAACCUGGAAGGAAGUAGCAGAGAUCGUAGGUGCCUCUGGUGAGUGUAUGUAGCUAGUACAGUUAGAAUGCUUUGCUAAUCUGAGAACGAGGCUAGUAUAAAUCCGAACAUGUAACGUGAAAAUCAAACAACCAAUUUUCACACUGAUUAGUGCGUUAUUUAAUUUGUGUUUAGCUAGGUAGCUAUAGCUAUAUAUAUACACACACGCCUACUGCUGUUUCUCAUUGGAAAAGGAAAUCCUGGAUAGGCCACGCCCCCAAACGAUGACAGUAGCAGUUGAACAAGCGACGCUUGUGACAUGUCACCUGAUAGUGUGAACACAGGACUAUUGAGUUACUUUAAUUUAAGAUAGAUAAUAAUUAAUAGUAAUAUUACAUAUGUACAGUGCGGGGACAGAAAUGCGGUCCGUCUGUCGUUUAGAGGAUAAAAUGCCCAUGCAUGCAAAACGUCUGCUACGUUACGUUAGGUUACAUUACGUUACCUUGUAAGUCAUAUUCACGUGAAUCAGUUGGAUGUCGUAACUUGAUUCUCCUAACCCCGGCUGUAAUUUUUCUGAAUGUAUUUGCAUUUUUACAUAAAAUGAUAACAGAAUGUUAUUUCCGUGUUCCGUGUCUGUAGGUGGAGGCUGUUUAAACUCAUGUGCGUGUGUGUGUGUGUAAGUGUGCGAACGCCGCAUUAGCGCCUGUGUUUUUAUCUUCUGAUGCCAUUUCUCCUUCCUCUCUCGUCAUCAAAUGCACUUUACUGAGCAUUAGGUCCCCAUGUCAACACACACACACACACAGUGGAAACCUCCUGGAUGCAAACCGAAACCAAGCAACCUGUUCUUAACCUUCACACAGUGCGGUUUUCCUCUUGCUCUCGUUUUGUUUUCUUUCGUUAAUUGUUAUGAUUAUGAUUUGAGCUGUAUUUUUUGUAUUUUUUUUUUUUUUUGUAAUUUUUGUUUUCAAGGGAGAUCUGAAGGAGUGUGUACGAGAUUCCAGCAUUCCUCCCAUCUCCCUUACUGCAUUCCCUUUUGUGUGUGAGUGUGUGCGUGUGCGUGUGUGUGAGUUUUGUGUCUGUAAUUUACUGACACACAAGCGCUAGUUACUGUUUUUUUUUUUCAAUGCUUUGAAUGUGAAAAGUGUUUUUUGAUUUGAAAUCUGUAAGUUAUGUUCGUUGAAGAGGAAUGGUAAAUAAAACACAGAAACCUCGAAAAUGUCUCAGCACUCUCAGUCUGCUAAAAAAGGAACUCGUUUCUUUGGUGUGACUCAUAUUAAAUGUUUUUAAUUUUAUCCUCAUUCAGAAAUCACACCCACACAGAUACAUUCAAUUUAUGCAUUUUGGAUCAACAAAAAUAUAAAGCCACAAUAAUGGGCAGAAAGGUGUAGCUCAUUUUCCAAGAUAAUACAA